AUGGCAAUCUGGCAUUCUGGCAAAGUCGAAACGAGGAUCGAGCAUUCUCACCACAGCGUCGACAAGCUACGCGAGCACACCAGCGAGCGAGAGCACCAUUCCGGCUCAUGCAGCGGCUUUGCAUGCUGCAAAGACAAGAGCGGAAAUUUGAUACUGAAGGAGACUACUAAAGAUUGCGCGUUUCCUUUUCGACAAGCAUACACCUACUGCGUCGAGUUUAACUGCCGCUACGGGUGUAUACUGACGACGGAGGAGGCCUUUGUUUUUCGAAUUCGGCCAGUUGACCCGACAGACAAGACGAACACGUUGAAAAAUACGCUUCGGAAAUGUGGAUUGAUGGAGUAUGCAUCUAUUCCUUGGUCCCAGGAUGGAGGUACGAUCGUGAAUAAAGGCAAACACAAGAAAAACGAGCAACCUCUUACUUUCAACUUGGCCGUGUGGUUCCUCCAUGUGCUGGCUGCGUACGAGUCUGAGCCAAACUGGACGUACAACGUGCUGAAGUCUGAAAACCUGCAACAACAUGAAUGCCUACAUCCUCGGGUCCCAGCGACUCCAGAAAGUGAGAAAAAACAACGCCAGCGACCCGGCCGAAGCGGAUCUCGCAAGCGAGCGUACGAGGACGUUGGCGAAUCCUAUACCCACUCUUUUACCAGUGACAGUUUGGCAUUUACAGGCAGUUUCCAGUCGCAACGCUCUCGUCGAAGCGAAUCUGCACCGAGCGACACCACACACCGCAACGAGAGGACACGGCGGUUCCCGAAUGGCGAUUUUGCCACGAGCAUCAAGCAAGGCGACAGCUUCGCGUCGUCCAAUAAUGAUAGUGAAACGGGACAUACUGAAUUGAGGAGGUCUAAGCGUGUUCGAGCGGAAGGCUUCAAAUUGUAG